ACAUAUCUUAUCAAAAAUUUGCCAAAGUAAAGUAUUCGUAGUCGUAGAUUUUUCCUUUGUUUUUUCAUUCUAAUUAUAUUUUUCGUCUAAGAACGUUCUAAGAAUGAUUAAAACUGUACAUCAGUACAUCAUAUUAGAUGCAAUAUAAACCGUAACGCGUCAAGUGAUCCUUCGAAGUAUCAUUUCACUGAAACUAUACGAGGAAUCGGCAAAAUGGUGGACAACUUCUACCAUUGGCAACGUAGUAAUACUCCGGUUAAUCCUUCGGCACCGACCAUCGUACCGAAAUUACAAUCAAUUGCCACCGCUAAUAUUACCGUUGCUCUCUGGAAUCAUAUUAGCAUACCAGAAGCCCUACCCGAAUCGAUCAAAUACUACGGUACGAAAGUGAAAGCCACGUUCGAAUGGGCCGAGCUGAUAAAAAAAGUACGCGACUCGACCGAAAAAUUACCGGUACCGUAUCCUGUGUCAGAAAAUAUCAAAGAAUGCGUCUCUAUAGUAGGUGGCCGUAUAGACGACUGGGUUCGUUAUCACGUUCAAACGAUAUUUUUCAGUUCUGCGAAUGAAAAACUAUUGUAUUAUCAUGUCCCGUACUUCGCCUGGUAUCCCGACGGUACGAUUAAUUACGAACAAACGGCUCGAAAUUUAGUACCAUCGCUAAGAUUGAGCUUCGUUGAAAAGUACAAACUCCUGUGUACGUAUUGCCUGAAGGAUGAGAUCUCGGAGAUGGUACCGUUGAUGAGGUUGAAUAACUUGAAAGUAGUAGUCGACUUCGAGUCGCAUCCUUUGAUAUAUUAUUGGAAUUGUUUUUUUACCAAUCGAUUACAUACAAUUCCGGUUGUUGGGAAUGUAUCGGUGGAUAGUUUCAUGUUUCAAUAUACAGGAGUUGAUAAUUGGCCGGCCAAGAGAUACUUUUUCGAUCGUUUGAGUUCGCAAGAAAAAAUACGAAAUACUAUUCAAUUGAUCGAUACUCGAGGUAUAGAUUAUCAAAGCUUGGUAUUUACAAAAUUGAGCCAAGUCGAACGGGUGCACGUGUAUAGGCAAAGAGCGCAAGCUAUUAUGAUCAAUUAUCUGAAAUUAGGAUCGAACAAGUGUAGUCUUCUUCGUGUUGCGUGGAUCGAUAUGCGUUCUUUGAUCAUCGCCGAGCAGUUUUCGCCGAUAUUUUACUCUUUGUUGAAAUCGUUUCACGAUGUAACGAAUACCUUGUACUACACACCCGUUCAGGUGAACUCUUUACGUGCCGAAAAUCGUAACCUCGGGUUAGUUCUGCAGGAAAUGUGGGAAACCACCAGCGAUGAAUUUAGAAAUCAUCUCAUCGAAUACAACGAUUGCGAAAUCAUUAAUAAAAUGUUCGAACUUUCUAUGAAAAAUAUCAUCGAUAAUAAUCUUUUAUUUAGCGUACUGUCGGACGUUAAUGUGUGUAAAAAUGAGAAGAUAUUUUACUCAUUGUUGAAAUCGUUUCACGAUGAAACGAAUACCUUGUACAAUACACCCGAUCAGUUGAACUCGUUACGUGCUCAAAAUCGUAACCUCAGCUUCGUUCUGCAGAAAAUGUGGGAAAUGACGAGCGAUGAUUUUAGAAAUCAUCUCAUCGAACUCAACGAUUGCGAAAUCAUCGAUAAAAUAUUCGAACUUUCUAUGAAAAAUAUCAUCGACGAUAAUCUUUUAUUUACCGUACUGUCGAACGUUAAUGUGUAUAAAACCGAGAAGAUAUUUAGCCUACCGAUUUUCAAUUCGUAUUACGAUAAAUUACUCGCUAAUGACGAUUUACACGCGUUUGAUCGUUUACUAAACAUGUUUCUUCCACUUGACCAAAAUCCGGCUCAGUUCAGAGAACAUUUCGUCUUUCAUUCGGCGUACGUUAGAAACGAAUGUUUACGGUUGUAUUCGUUAGGUCACGUGAAUCCUGUAAAUGGAAUACUGAGUAAACUCCUGCCUACAACUUACCACACGGUCGUAAGCGAGUUCAAAACGAAUCUACUCUUGUCGCCUGAUGGUAUCAUCCAAUGCGUUCAGAAUGGUAUUUUGAAUCUAGAUGAAAAUACUAUGAACGCAGUGAUGGCUGACGCUUUACUCUAUGCGGAUUUGAUUACUGAAUUUAAACGAAAUCUAGUCACUUCACCUUCGGCUAUUAAAGUGUUUCAGGAAUUGAUACUGAAUAAUCGAUUGACCGGCGUGUUUUAUUAUAUCGAUAAUUAUUUAACCUCGGACGAAGAACGGAGUAUGUUGAAGAAACGUCUUCUAGCCUUUGAUGAUCUAGCUACAGCGAUGGUUACGAUUUUCUCUAAAUAUGACGAUGUAUGGAUACGGAAUUUGUUGGAAUGGUGCGCAGAAGACGAUAAAAAAGGACGAGAAUUCAGAUUGACGUUACCUAUAGAUGAUAUAUUUAACAGACUAUUGAAACAAGCUGUUUUUUCUCAUUAUGACGAUGUUGAUCAUGUUUUAGUGUUAUCGAAAUGUGUUUUCAGAGAUGCUGGUUCAUUUAAAGUUGAAAUUCAAGCGAUGAAUCGUUUUCUGAAUUGGUAUUUCGAGUUCGAUUCGUAUAAUGACAUAAAAGAGUACAAAUUACGAAGAAUUCAUUCGUAUACUUUGACUAUAUAUACAUGGACUACUAUCUUCAUUGUUGCCGAUGAAGCCGAAGUAAUAGAGGUACUAGAUCGGGAGCAUCGGGAAUUUUCAUGCGCGCGCAGGAAUCCCACCCACCCUCGCACCUUCCAAUCACGGUGAACCACGGAGCGACGAACACCCUCCUACGUUCCAACAACCGCUACGCUCGUUGCAACGAAAUCUCGCGCAUGCUCAGAGCCCAUGUCCCGAUCUAGUACCUCUAUUGCUUUGGCUUCACGAUUCCCAUUCAACAACAAUAGGAGAUAGCAGUCCAUGUAUAUAUAGUCAAAGUUCGUAUAAUGAACUCGAUGUGAUCAAAACUCUGUUGAAAAAGGAAGACGAUCGUUAUCUGGGAACCACGUUGGCGUGGUUUUUUGAUAACGACGAUGUGUUGAAACAAAAAUUCAGGGAUAUGCAAGAGGGUAGGCUUAAAUAUCUGGUAUUUUAAAACAAUAAGACUGAUUAUGAUUAAUUGAUCUUUAUGUAUUACAAAUACGUAUUUAUAGUAAUUUUUAUUUGGUGCUUUAAAAAAUGAAAUAAUUAGGUAGGCACCGUUUUAUUUUCAUAUGGUGUACCUGAAAACUUUGCGGCAGGUACAGGGUGUUCCAGAAUAACCUUUCACAUUUGUUUUUUUUAUUACUCUGAGAGAAAAAUGUUUACAAAAAUUCUUUUACAACCAGAAAUAUGCCGUUUUUAGACCGUAUAUUUGAGUUUUCAUUAAAAAUGAAGUUUUAAAAAUUUUUCCAUCGAGAUAUUUUCCUUCAUUUUUGACACAUUCAACCAAACAUUUUUUCAAAUUAUUGAACACUUCUCUUCCAAUCAGUUGCGACUCAUGAACCUAGAAGCUGUUUCAGAGUCCUAGAUUUAUCUCGAUACACUUUUGACUUGGAAUAACUCCAUCAAAAAAAUCGCAGGCUGAAAAGUCAGGGGAUCAAGGUGGCCAUUAAAUUUCUGGUUCAACACGUCGACCAUAACAAAAUUAUUUGAUGACCGAAGUGCUCACGCGCUAAACAUAUGUGUACAUCCCUGGUAGUUCCAACAUGUUGGAAGGAAGUAAGUAACUCUAUUACAUCGCGUCUGUCUUUUAGUUUGGAACAAGAAACUCGUUUAACAUUUUGCCUUACCCCUCACCGUUACUGUUUCGUUAAACACACAUGGUCCCACUAUACCGAAUUUAGCCACGCCCAACCAAACAGUCAACUUGGCGGAGGUUUAGAUGUUUCUCAAGUAUUAUCAACUGAUUCUUUGUACACUAGAAGCGCACAUUCCAAUUAUUCACUUCACCAUUUAGAUAAAAAUGAGCUUCGUUACUGAUGAGUAAGGAGUAAAGAGUUACAGGAACCUUUAUUUUUAAAAAAGGCCUUCACAGUAAAAGCACACUGUACAGCCAUCUACUUCUCCAGGGCAAAAAAUAACUAUUGAAACAUAAUUCGGCAUGCUUUGGCUACCUAGAACCGCCUUUACCAUUCCCCUAGCUCCACUUGAACACAGAUCAGUGGUUACCAAAAUGUGAAAGGUUAUUCUGGAACACCCUGUACAUAAUCUAAUGUAUUCAUUCAUAUACGUUUAGGAAUUAUUGAUUCAUUAUUUUAUUUUUUAGUUUGCUGUUUGUAAUAAGUACCUGUAUUUAACUAAAAGUGGCUGGAACGAUGAUGUUACCUAUCUGCCAAAAUCUGUAAUACUAUACUUCCAGCCAGACUAAUUUUAUUUCUCCAAAUUUUUAUUUUUAAAUUUUAAUGGCAAAUUAUUUUUCUUUCUUGCAUUGCAAAGUUAAUUGUUUUUUAACAAGUAAUAAACAUAUUUUCUGUUGAGCAGUGAUUCUGGUAUCUGUACAUAUAUGUAGGUGUUCAUAUUUUACCUAUCUACUAUUUUUCCGUUGGCUGUAUUUUUUAUAUUCGUAUUGAUUACGAAGUCUGAACAUUUUAAAAAUCGGUACAAACUUGUUCAUAAUUGUGUGUGUGUUUGAAAUAAAAAAAUGAUUAUUUUCAGUGCUUUAUCUA